UCCGUUAUUCCGAACAUGGUUCCCUGCAUUGGAAUUAAAAAUUUAAUCGAGCACCGGGAACUACACUGUUACAUCCUGGCAUUUCAAAAUGGCGUUGCGAGAUACAAAAGGCCGGUUCACGGCGAAGAAAUUAACGAAAAACAAGUGCAAAAGAUCACGAUCAACUUGUAAUGAUCAUAAUUAUUAUUCGGAAGAACGUUCUUCAUUAGAUUCGAGUUUAACUAAGUGCAGACAAAGUGAUACAAACGUGAAUUUGCCUGGAAAUGUUGACAGAGAUGGGUGGAGAGUUGGACGGCGGAUUGUGGUGCUGGGCGUUCUCUUAGAUAAAUUAGAAUACUGUGUGAAAUGUAAGCUAGGACCAGUAGCCUUAACAAAAUAUUCUCUUGUUGGUGAGUUAAGGAAAGGGUUAUCGGGUUUUCUUUACGUCAGAUGCAGCAACAUGGACUGUAAACAUGUGAACGUUGUCCCAUAUGGCAAGACACAUAGAUUGAAAGAUAGAGGCAUGCCUUGCUUCACAGCAAAUACAAAGCUUGGUGUCGCCAUGAUAGAUAGCAUUGGUGGUUCCGGGAAAGUGAACAACAUGCUCUCCACCCUAAACAUUGCCCCAGUAAAUAGAAAGAGUUUGCAGGAUAUGGAAAGGCGUGCUGGAAAAUUGGUCGAGUCUGUUGCCAAGCAGUCUAUAGAUACAGCUGCCAAAAACACAUUUCAGAAGGAAAUGAGUGAAAUUUCCCAAAAAGAAUCCAUAGAGGCAGAAGCUAGCAUGGAUGGUCUCAUAGAAGAUCUGGGUGUGGCACCAUUACCAGAUGCAUCACCAGCAACCAUGUCUGUCUUACAAACUGCAUUUGUAUCAACAAGUAAUGAAACAGAGUGCCCUGAAAAGGCAUCUCCCUCACCACCGAGACAGCAUAAAAGAAAGUGUAAACUGUUUGACCAUAACACAUGUAAAAAAACAGCUAUCAAAAAGAACCUCCUCUCCACAUUCAAGCCUAAGAGUCGGUAUGGUAUGUCCUGCUCUGCUGAUACAGCUUGGCAAAAGCGUGGCUUUGACAGCCUUACAUCUCAUACAUUUUUAAUGAGUUCGUCAAAGAUGGGGAAGAAGGUUCUGAAGAGUGUCAUAUGCCACAGACAAUGUUCAACAUGCAAUUGGUGGAGACGUCAUCGCCCUGGUCAGCAAAUACGACAACACCGAUGUGUACGAAACCACUUUGGAAGUGCCCGUUCCAUGGAGAGUGAGAGUGGAGAGAAAGCUGUACUGGCUUUAGCAAAAGCAGGUACACCAGUUGAAAUUCUUGAAGGUGAUGGCGACAACACUUUAUUAGCCAGACUUAAAAGCAAGCACAAUAUCAGUUUGAAAAAGAGAUAUGAUAAAAACCAUGUGAUAAAAAAUUUAGGCAAAAGCUUUUAUGGUUUACAAAAUGAGAAGGGAAUCAAAAUCAGUAAGAUAACUAUAAGCCAUUUACAAAAGUGUGUGUCAUAUGCCCUUUCUAAGAACUGUGGGGACUUGAAUGGAUUACAAGAAAACCUUAAGGCAAUUAUUCCCCAUAACUUUGGGGAUCACCAGUUGUGUCAGCCAAGGUUUUGUGGUUAUCUUAGGAAUAAAGAUGUAUCCUAUAUCCACCGUUCUUUACCAUACAAAUCAAGUUUGACUGGUGAGAUGUUAAAGCAACGGUUAGACGACAUUAUGAAACCUUUUAUUGCCAAAGCCAGCCAACUAGUGAACCUAGGGUCAAGCCAGCAAUGUGAACACGCCAACCGAGAAGUGUCCUUAAAGGCUCCAAAGAACAUUUACUAUGGAGGGAGUGAGGCAUUAGAUGUUCGAGUUCAAGCAACUGCAGCAUUUAUAAACGAAGGAAGAAACUACAUAGUAGAGUUACAAUGUUUUGCAGUUUGGUUUCAAUGUUUGAUUUUCUACACCAGCUACAAAUUUGUAAACAAACAAGCUGAUUUGUCACCUGGUCAUUACACACAAAAGUAUGCACAGCAUUGUGCCAUCAAACGCCAGAAAUGUCAGGAAACCUUUGCUAAGCCAUCAACAAAGGGAAGGCGCCUGUUUUUGAAAAAAGAGCGUGCUGUCAACCAGUCAGCUACAGAGUCACUCGAAGGGGCAACAUAUCAGUCAGAAGUUGGCCACACAGCUGACAUAGACAUAGACAAAAUCCCCGAUCCUUUACCACGUGGAGUGUUCAAGCCAGUUUGUUCAAGUGGCGAACCCUCUUAUAUCACUGUGGAUCUUGAAACAACAGACCUUAUUCGAGGAGAUGUUUACCCCCAUAUUACACAGAUAGCAGCCAAACAUGUUGGUACCGAGAAGAGCUUCAACUGCUAUGUGCUACCAAAACUACCUAUGAGCGCAUCAGCAGAGCGAGUGACUAAAAUUAUUGUAACAAAUAGUACAGAUAUGUGCGUAGAUGGUGUUCCCGUGGAAACAAAAACUAUACAAACAGCUCUCAGAGAUUUUCUUAUCUGGCUGAAUCAGUUUCGCUAUGUUUUUCUGAUUGCUCAUAAUGGAAAACGCUUUGACUUCCCAAUCGUCGUUAAUGCCUGUCAAGCUAGUGGAAUGUUUAAUGAGUUUAGUUCAUGUGUGUUGGGAUUGGUAGACAGUCUUCACGUGUUUAAAUCUAUCUCUCCUAAACGUGAGUCUUACAAGCAGGAGGACCUAGCCCGCUCAUUGCUCUCCAAGGUGUAUAACGCUCAUAACGCACUGUGUGAUGUUGAUUGUUUGUCCGAGCUGGUCAUUUAUGCUUUGAAACAGGAUGAUAAGUGUAUUACAGUCAAGAGUUUCUCUCCUAGUGAUGUGAAAUACAAUAUGGAUUCAAACAAAGAGAAACAUAAAAACUUGCCAUCCUUGUCUAUUUUGAUUGCAAGUGGCGUCAUGAAAUCUUCAACUGCAGAUAAUGUUGCAAGUUCGGGGUUAAACUUUAAACAUUUACAAACAAUUUUUCAACGUAAGGGAGAGGAUGGACUGUAUAAUGUGUUUACUAUGAAAAAUAGUGAAGGGUUGCCAAGAGUGACCAAUUCUAAGAGAGUUUUGGAAUCCGUUAUUCCAAAGUUAGUGUCAUACUUCGAUGGCAAAUAAUAAGUCAUGUAUGAUAAUUCUGGAUAAUUUUUAUCCUAACUCUUCUUAUGUAAUAACUGAAAACUAAAUUUUCUUCAUUUAUUUGUAAAACAUUAUUCAUUUGAUUUAUUUGUAUAGCAAGAAUCAAAUGCAAAUUGUAUGUUUAACAGUUGUUUAAGACAUUUUAAGCAUUUUUCAUGAAAAUAUGGCUAUCAAAAUUCAAGGGGGUCAUCUUGUUUGUGUUCUUGUCUAAAAGAAACUAGACGGUAAAAGUUUCUUAUUUUAACAUAUGUUAUUGCUCACACAUUCAGAAAAAUUUUGGUGCCAAAUUUGCAUAGUUACAGGCACUUUCAUGUAAAAAUUUUGAACUUUGAAAAAAUAAGGGGAAAAUAACAAAAUUCUGAAAUGCGACUUUUUGAACCAAAUCUGUUUCACAUUUUUGGUAAUAUUUUCUUAAACCUUUUUAUUAUUCAUGAAUUGUUGUUUUUGGGUACAGUACAUAUACAGAUGAAUAGAAAACAUGCUGAAACAUAUUGUUUUGUUCUUUUUUUAGGAAAAAAAACAAAUAUUUAGCAAAAUAUGACAAUGGCAAUUUUGCCGCUAAAUUAUUGAAACGGGGUAUUUACAAAAACACUUGUAGCUAUAAAACAACACGGUAAAUUCUUUUAAUAUUUUAUAUUUUGAUGUACAUAAUGAUACAAAACAAUAAUAUAAUGUGCAAUUUUAGGUUCAUGUUAUUGCCCAUUACCCAGGUCUUAC